AUGCCGAUUUCCGAUCUUUUUUCUCUCAAGGGCAAGGUUGUCCUUAUCACGGGUGCCACCAACGGCAUUGGCAAGGCCAUGGCGCAGGCUCUGUACGAGGCGGGAGCGUCUGUGAUUUUGACACACAGACCAGCUACCGACCCUUCGUCCACGGUGCAGCUUCUGCGUGAGUCAUAUCCAGGUUCGGAAGCCAAGAUAGGCACUAUCGAGGUCGACCUGGGCGAGGUAAAGAUAGAGGAUCUUGAAGCGAGAAUUUUCAGGCCGGCUCUGGAAUCAUCUCCUACAGGAGAAAUAGACAUCCUUAUCAACAACGCCGGCAUCACCAACCGCGACUCCAUUGUGGACGGUUCGAUUGAAGAGUACCACAGAGUGCUGCACGUGAACUUGCUCGUUCCGUCGGAACUCACCAAACUCGUUGCCAGACGGAUGAUCUCUCAGAAGAUCAGGGGAAAGAUUCUAUUCACCGCCAGUUUGACGUCUUUCCGUGCUGCUUCGAAUCUGUCGGCAUACACUACGUCCAAAGGAGCUAUUCUGCAGUUUGCUAAAAGCUGCGCCGUGGAGUGGGCCCAGUUCGGGAUUAACGUCAACUGUAUUGGCCCGGGAUACAUCCGGACGAACAUGACGACGUUCCACACCAGCGACGAAGCUAGAGAGGCUCGUAUCUUGAGUAAGAUCCCAAGAGGCAGAUGGGGCACUCCAGAAGACUUCAAAGGCCCAGUGGUCUUCCUAUGUUCGGCAGCGAGCGACUACGUGGACGGAGAGUGUCUGAUGGUGGACGGCGGAUUUUUAGCUCUCAUGUAA